AAACCAAUCAGGUUCGCUUCAUUAAGGAUUUCGAACUUUCGGCUUCUCAAAAGCAAAACACUCCCUUGAUUGGUAGAAGAAGCAAACAAUGUCCCCUGAGUUGAACAAGUGCUGUUUCAACCCAAACUGAAACUCUGCUUCUUUCGAAUCUUCCACAACUGGUGCAACAGGUCUGCCAUAAUUUAGGGUAGAAAUGUCAGCUCCAUUAACGCCUUCAAAGAGACCACAUGAUGAGAACCCUAUAGAGCCAAAUGGGAAAGGGAAGCUGCAAAAGUCUGAAAAUCAACCUUCUAAACUCUCAUCUGGCAAUGCUGUUUUCAGGGUACUGUGCCCUGUGUCCAAACUUGAUAGUAUCACUGGGGAUGGUGGCUCUUUUAUAUCACAAAUUUGUCAAGAGACUCUUGUAAAGGUCAGAGUUGAGGAAACUGUCCCCGGAUGUGACGAAAGAGUUAUUAUUGUGGGUUCUGAUAGAGAGAAUGAUGUUGAUACUGAGCAUAGCAAGGAGGAUGGUGUUGAAGGGGAAAAUGUGGAUGAAAAGCAUGAUGAUACUAAGGAUUCAAAAGAGAAUGAUGAAAAUAAGGAAUCUGUUCCUAAUGAAGAUUCGGAAUCUGUUCCUAAUGAAGAUUCGAAAUCUGACAACUUAACUCCAUCUGUGAAGAAAGCUCUGCAACUUGUGUUUGAGAGAAUAAUUGAAGGGGAAACAGAGACUGAUGGAGGGGACGAACAAGGUGAAAAGUCUUUGACAUUUGUUUGUAGAUUACUAGUCCUUUCGACUCAAGUGGGAUGCCUUUUGGGAAAGGGUGGUAGUGUGGUCAAACAAAUGUCAUCUGAAAGUGGGGCACAAAUCCGGAUCCUUCCUAGAGAUAAACUUCCAUUAUGUGCAACAGCUUCCGAUGAACUAGUUCAGGUUACUGGGGAAGUUGAUGCAGUUAGGAAAGCUCUUGAAUCUGUUUCUCAGCAGCUUUUGGAGAAUCUACCUCGUGAUAGUGACUCUUCCCUGUCCAAUACUUCAGGGCCAUCAUCUCAUUCAAUUGGUCAAUCUCUUCCUAGACCAGAAGUAUAUCCACCACCCAACCGUUCUCAAGGAGCACCAUAUAGUGAUCAGCUUGGAGAUGUUGCAGAUUCACAUCCUGCUGCUCAUCCACUAAUACCCAAAUUCCAUGGAAGUGGUAGGAUGAAGCCUUCACAGGAAGUCCUAACUUUCCGCUUAUUGUGCCAUGAAGAGAGAGUAGGAGGUGUAAUUGGAAAAGGUGGAUCCAUAAUAAAGACGCUUAAGCAAGAAACGGGCUGUGAAAUCAAAGUUAUGGAAGGCGUGCCUGACUCAGAGGACCGUCUUAUUAUUGUAUCUGGUCCUGCGCACCCAGAUGAUAGGAUAUCACCUGUCCAAGAUGCCGUUCUUCGUGUCCAGAGUAGAAUAUUCAGGGCUGCACCUAAUAGCAAGGAACAAUCCAUGAUGGCGAGGCUUCUUGUUUCCUCUAAUCAAAUUGGUUGUCUCCUUGGCAAGGGUGGUGCCAUCAUUGCCGAAAUGAGAAAGUUAUCUCGGGCGCAUAUCCGUAUAAUGGGGAAGGAUCAAAUUCCAAAAUGUGCUCCAGAUGAUGAAGAACUUGUUCAGAUAAAUGGAGAAUUCGAAGCCGUUAAAGAUGCUCUUCUCCAGAUCACCACUAGGUUGCGGCAUCACUAUUUCCGUGAUGCAUUUCCUUCUAUAAAUUAUCCUCCAAAUCCCGCGUAUUUGGAUCAACCUCCAUUUCAAUCAUAUAUGAGGAGGGACUUCUCACCUCCAGGAAUGCAUUCUAAUUUAGGCAUGCCAUUUCACAAGUUUGAUGCUGUUGGUGGCCCUCCUCCACAUGGUGUUUUUCAUCCCCAUGAUGAUCGUGCUCCUUUUAUGCACAAUAUUCAUAGGUUAGGUGGGCCCCCGCAUUUAUCUGAAAGAAGACCUUGGGGUCCUCAGGGACAUCUUGAGGGUGGUGGUCCAUUAGGCCUGCCGAAUUUUGCUCCACAAAGAAGAAUUCCAGGAUUUGGAGGAAGCCAGCCAGCUAUAAUAACCAACACCACUGUUGAAGUUGUUGUCCCUAGUUCCCUUGUUCCUGUAAUAAAUGGAGAAGAUGGUGAAUGCUUGAAGCAAAUACGUCAGAUUUCGGAUGCAAAAGUUACCAUUACGGAGCCUAAGCCCGGAGCACUUGAAACUGUGAUCAUAAUAUCUGGAACACCUGAACAAACGCAUGCUGCGCAGAGUCUUAUUCAAGCAUUUGUGAUGAGUGAGACUGACUCUUCUUGAUUUAUGUUAGAAGGAUCCCUUUUGGUGCCCAUGAAAGUUAAAGAAAAGAUUGCCUUCCAUAUACCAAAUAUGGGACAAUGAGGUUGUAGUAAAUUGCGAGGAAUUUCUAAUAUCACAUUCUAACCUGUUUUGUUUAUCUGUGCAUGUGUGGAACUUUUACAUCCCCCCCCCCCGCCAUUUUUUUAGAAGGAAAGGAAAAAAAAUUUCAAAACCCA